GUAAGCCUGCAUCUGUGUCACUUCCUCCACACAACGCUCAAGAGAAAAUUCGUCUCUCUAAAGAAAAAAAAGGAAAUCUCCCUCUCUUCGUUCAUUGCUUUCCCCACAACUCUGCAGCGUUUUCUUGCUGUUAUUUUGCUGGCGGUUCUCUAAGAGUCCACUUCUUCUUCUUUUAUCUCUCGCCUUUUUUCCUCACUCGUUCGAAAGAAGAGGCGAGUACCAUGCUCGGUCUUGCGCACACGUUCAGCCAGACGAAGUACGUCGCGGCUCGUUCGGCGAGGGGGCUGCACGUCAUCGACGAGGUCAAGCGUUUCCGCGCUCUGUCCUGCGUUCUCUUCUGCAGCAUCUGCGUCUCCCUGGUGUUCGCCUUCGACCUCUUCAGUGACGAGUUCCAGAAGCGCUACUCCCUCUCCGAUGGCGACCUUUCCACCAUCAGCACGGUCGGCGUGGUCUUCUGUUACUUUGUCAUCCCCUACGGCGUACUGUAUGACUACAUCGGGCCUCUGCCGCUGCUGAUCAUCGCUGGUGUGACGGGCUUUGUGGGCUGCCUUGGCUUGGGUCUCAUCUUCGACGGCAAGAUUGCCGGCAACACCGCCACCAUCUCCGUCUUCUACGCCUUCAUGAACACCUGCAGCGGUCUCUUCGAUGCGGCGUCGAUUGUCACCCUCGUCGAGCUCUUCCCGCGCAACCGCGGUCCGGUGAUUGGCUUGGCCAAGGUGAUGACGGGCCUUGGUAGCUCCGUGCUGUCCUCCAUCAGUCGCGGCUUCUUCUCCAACAACAUCAGCGGCUUCAUCUACUUCAUCAUGGCCCUUACGGUGGCGGUGGCCGUUGCGGCGAGUUUCCUGAUCGCUCUGCCGCCCUACUUUGUCAACUGGUGGCGCGGGCGCGGCAAGACGGAGGAGGCGAUCGCCGCCCUCACUUCGCUCAAAACGGUCUACGCGGAGAAGUUCGUGCCGAUUCGCCGCAUCGCCUACGGCUACGUCAUCGUGGCCUGCCUCGUUGUCUUCUUCACCAUCACCGCCCCGGUGCUGGCCUACACAAAGGUGUCGAACGCCGGCAAGAUUGUGAUCGGUGUCAUCACGGUGGUGCUUUGCCUCGCCUUCUGGGCCAUGGCGAUGCCCAUCCGCUGGUUGGGCGGUGUGAACGAGCCGGCGGAGUCGGGGGACAGCUUCGACGACACUGAACUCAUCAACGGUGCGGCGGUGCGCGAGAUCGACAACGGCGGUAAGCCGCAGCUGGAGGUGCCCGGCGAGGUGCUCAACGACAGCCGCGAGCCCCUCGACCAGCCUUCCCCAAGCGACAGCCGCCCCGUUGCAGAUGCGUCGGAGUUGGAGGCGGCGGUGAUUGAGGAAGGCCCGCAGGAUCCGCGUUACGGUGGCACGAUCUGGCAGACGCUGAGCCGCCCCGACAUUUGGCUGCUGCUCGUCGCCUUCGUCUGCCAAGGUGCCCUCGGCACGAUUGUCACCUACAAUGGCAGCACCAUCUACGUCGCCCGCACCGGCCGCUCCCGCUCGGCAGAGCUGGGCUCCCUAUACACAGCCUUCAUCGGCGUCGGCAGUGCAGUGGGUCGCAUUGCCAUGGGUCUCUUCGAGGCGUACGUGCAGCACCAGGAUCCCGAGAGGCGCAAGGUGCUCGUGACGAUCGCACUGCCGGUGGCGCCGAUCGUCGCCACCAUUGCGGGUGUGCUCAUCCUCGUGCUUCCCGGCGAUGCUCUUCUCUUUCCUUACAUUUUGGUGUACUUCGAGGAGGGCGUGUUCAAUGGCGUCCGCGCCCUCAUCUUCCCCUGCAUCUUCGCCGCCCACCACGGCAUUCUGUACAACAUGAGCUUCUGCACCAACGUGAUUGGCGUGAUUUGCUUCAACCGCUUCCUCUUCGGCCUGACCGUCGACUCGCAGCGCGAGAAGAUGGGACACACAGUGGCGCAGGGCUGCACGACUCGCGCCUGUGUCCAAACUCCCAUCAUCGUCGUGACGUGCACGGCGGCGCUGGCGGCGGUGCUGGCAAGCAUUGUGCACAUUCGCUACAGCCGCUUCGUAGACAAGUGCCGCCGCUUGACGACUGCAACGGCGGGACAGGUGGCGGAGAAGCAGCCAAGCACGUCCGAUGAGCCCGUUGCCUGA